CUUCGUUAUUGCUACUUCUUCCGGCUCGACGCGUUCUUCUCCGCUUGGCAUCUCCUUCUCCUCCGAAGUGAAGCCGCUUGUCGCUCCUUGCACCCCCCGCUCUCAGUGCGAGGGCCCAUGGCGCCGCCCAAGAACAAGGGCGACGAGAAGAUCCUGAGCUACCUCGACGUGGUUAUGAGGCGAUCCGACCUCGACAUCCUCCGUGGCCCCCAUUACCUCAACGACCGCAUCAUCGAGUUCUACUUCGCCCACCUCGCCUCCCUCUGCCCCUCCCCGCGUGCCCUCCUCCUCCCGCCCUCCAUCUCCUUCUGGCUCGCCAACUGCCACGACCCCCAAUCCCUCCGCCAGUUCGCCGACCCCCUCCGCCUCCCCGAUCGGGACCUCGUCCUCUUCCCCGUCAACAGCAACGUCGACGUCACCGUCGCUGGGGGCGGUUCCCACUGGAGCCUCCUCGUCUACUGCCGGGAGACCGGCGAAUUCGUGCACCACGACAGCUGCCGCGGCGCCAAUCGGUGUCACGGGGAGCGGCUUUUCCACGCCGUCAGCGGGUUCGUCGAUGAUGGCGGCGAGCCCCCGCGGUUCGUUGAGGGGUUCACGCCGCAGCAGACCAACGGGUACGACUGCGGGUUGUUUGUGAUGGCCAUCGCCAAAGUGGUCUAUGACUGGUAUGUCGCCCGUGGGGGGUGCGCGGACGGGGAGGACGGGUGGUUCGCCGCCUUGAAGGAGGAAGUCGAUGCUGAUGCGGUGGACAAGCUGAGAGACGAAGUUUUGAGGCUUAUUUUGAGCUUGAUGGAGCCUAAGUGAUGGAUGCGUUGGUUGGAACUCAGCCGCAGCUGCAAGUGCGGAUAUUUUGUCAUACAACUGCCACCCAGAUAAAUAGUGUGUUUCUCUACUUUUGCGGACCAAAAAUAUGUACAAUCUUGCAGACCAAGAAUAUGUGCAAUCCUGAAGAUAAUAGUUACUUUUCGCGUACAGAGCUACGCUAAAAACAAUGGUGGUUACACAGUGAAAUUAGCCCUCCCUCCGAAGAGUGGGCACGAAUGUGCUGCCCAGCAUGUAUGAGUUCAUCUGCUUUUAAGUCCUUCCUCUAUGUUCACGUUUUGCCAGUUUGAUGGUUCAAACUGCACUUCUACUUGGUCUGUUAUGUACUGCAUUAUUCUUCA